CCUAAAUAUAAUAUAAUAACUCCAGUUCCUUCGGAAGGAAUUGUUUAAAUAGCUAAAAACUCCCACUGCUGUCAAUAUCUACUAGCAUAUUAGCAUAUUAUCCUGCUACGGAAGUAGACCAAGGAGCGCCGUAAAAGCGCACGCAGUCUGUCAGGCUGUCAGACUGGAGCCAGGAUCCUGGUGCAAGGGCUGCUUGUGUCUGUGCGAGCUUAUCCAGCCUGUCUGCUAUCACUAUGGCGCGUGUGGAAACAUCUUCAAGCAGGCCGUACCAUCUGGUUAUCUUCGGAGCCUCCGGGUUCACGGGUCAGUUCGUGGUGGAAGAGGUGGCCCGGACGGCGUCCGAGGGUCCAAAGGGGAGCUUGAAGUGGGCCGUGGCCGGUAGGAGCAAACAGAAGCUGGAAAAAGUUCUGGAGCAGGCCGCCGGAGCCCUCAGUAAGCCUGAGCUGAGGGCGGAGGUGGACAUCAUCGUGGCAGAUGUCGCGGAACCAGACUCCCUUGCAGCCAUGUGCAAACAGGCUGUGAUUGUUCUCAACUGCGUUGGGCCUUACAGAUUCUAUGGGGAGCCAGUGGUCAAAGCCUGCGUGGAAAAUGGAGCACACCAUAUUGACAUCAGUGGGGAGCCUCAGUUUCUGGAGGGCAUGCAAUUGAACUACAGCAGCCAGGCAGCUGAAAAAGGUGUUUACAUCAUUGGGAGCUGUGGAUUUGACUCCAUUCCUGCAGACAUGGGGGUCCUCUACACCAGAAACCAGUUCAAGGGCACACUGACUGCCGUGGAGAGCUUCCUGACUGUCAGUGCAGGAGCUGAGGGCGGGUGUAUCCAUGAUGGCACAUGGCAGUCAGCCAUCUAUGGAUUUGCUGACAGCCAGAAGCUUCAGAGUCUUAGGAGAAAGUUUAAUCACAAACCUCUCCCCACGGCUGGCACAAAGCUUAAACGCAGGGGAGCGUUGUUCUACAGUAAUGAGCUCCAGCAGUACUCUGUGCCCUUCAUGGGCUCAGAUCCCUCUGUUGUGAAGAGAACUCAGCGCUUCCUGGCAGAGGAAUAUGAAGCCACUCCGGUCCAGUAUGGAGCAUAUGCAGGAAUAGGAGGUAUCGGAAACAUCAUCAAAAUGUUGUUUGCUGGCAUGAUGUUCUUGUUCUUGGUCAAGUUCAGUUUUGGACGGAAUCUGCUCAUCAAAUACCCAGAGUUCUUCUCCUUUGGAAUGUUUUCGAAGGCUGGACCAACUAGGAAGCAGAUGGAGGCUUCAUCCUUCCAGUUUACCUUCUAUGGAGAGGGCUACACUGAGGAACAGGACACCUCCCAAGGAAAACCUAAUGCGAAAAUCCGCACACGGGUUCAAGGACCAGAGGCUGGAUAUGUGGCCACGCCCAUCGCCAUGGUUCAGGCUGCUCUAACCCUUCUCAACGAAGCUGCAGCCGUGCCUAAAAAGGGAGGAGUAUAUACUCCAGGAGCUGCGUUUGCAAAGACCACACUAGUCGACCGCCUCAACAAGCACGGCAUCCAGUUCUCUGUCAUCUAAAGUUUGUUCUCUCCCUCCUGCCGUUCUCCAGGUUUUUGUGAGCACUUACUAAUAUGCAUAACAGGAAGUGAAAAGUUUCCAACAUUGGAAGAAAGCGGUUUAAUCACAAGACCGAUGAGUUUCAGAUGAAGUCCUGAUAUUGUUUUUUUUUUUUUUUUUUUUUUUUGGUGUUAUUUUUGACAUUUAUUCUUUUCACUUAGUCAGAAACUUGCCUGUCUCUUUUCAGCUUGAAUGUAUUAAAGUUCUGCUUGCAAAACAAAAAAAGCACAACUGUGGCAGUGUUUUCUAGCCAAGGGCGGUAAAACAAAUGGGUUUCGCAUGGUCCUCCACUAACACAAUUUCUGGUGACUUGAAAAAGGAAUUCUGGAAAGAACUGGAUUUACUUCACAUCUUUAAACACAAACUGUAAAGAAAGCAUGUUAAAUUAUCAUCAGACUAAAAGAAAUUGGUUAGGCACACUUUCUAUGUGCAACAAAUGGAAUAAAAAGAGUCUUGUUGAAGUUGCCACACAACUGGGAUUUACUUUAAACAGAAUGGGACCAAUUGGACUUGAGGAAAAGGAAAAACUCUCAUGCUCCGUUCAGUUUAAAACAAAGUAUUACUAUUUGCAGUAGAUUUGUAAUGAUUUUCGAGGACUGCAGCUGUGGUGAACUUCAUGAAACACACCUCUUUCUUGGAAAGUCAACUUCUGCACUCUAAGCAUUGUAGCAUACAGUAGCUUUAUAUGUACAGCAGUAAUACUAAGUAGCAUUAACAUGAUAGCUGUACAUAUUUUGUUCUGGUUGUGUGAAGUAAAGCCAAUAGUAGAGGACAGACCUGCUGUGUGUUUAUGUACAUGCCUGCCUUUCCUGGCCUGUCACUGUAGUUAAAAUCUUCCUUGCUUGUUGGACUAAAUGCUUGUUUUGUUUUGUUUUUUAAAGGGUAGUUCCUUUUAGCCUGAAUUUCCAGGGGUUCACCUUCAAAACGGUUACCUUUGAGCAUUGUCAGAAAAGCUGCCUGUGCAUCAAACAGCAUGAGUUACUCCAUGAAACCGAACAGGGCCUGUAAACAUCUUUUCCUUGCUCCCUUUGACUGGAUUAGUUUCACCUGCAGUGAUGAUUUUUGUCAGCAUAGACUUGUUUUUCAUGUUUGGGUGUUAUGUGCACGUGGCAAGCUGUUUUGGGGUUGUGUUUUGGUGUGCUUUGCUUUGCUCAGAAAUAAAGCCAACUCCGCAAAUAA